UCACAUGACAAAGAGCGGAAGCGGCGCUGCGACUGUCUCCUCCUCUCCCCAGUCUGUGGGUUCGAGGGUCUCCGCGCUGGGUGCGCCGCGCCCCUCCCCCGCUGGCGGCGAUGGGGUGGGGGUGGGCGCGUGCGGCGGGUGAGAGGCUGAGGCAGCGCGCGCGGGGGCUCGAGGCGCUGCGGGAGGCCUGCCGCCAGUACCCGCUGUUCUGCUGCAUCCUGCUGGGGCUCAGCGCGGCCACCCUCCUGCUGAACCGGUAUCUUCACAUUUUAAUGAUCUUCUGGUCAUUUGUUGCUGGCGUUGUCACAUUCUACUGCUCAUUAGGACCAGAUUCUCUCUUGCCAAAUAUUCUUUUUACAAUAAAAUAUAAACCCAAGCAAUUAGAACUGCAGGAGCUAUUUCCCCAAGGUCACAGCUGUGCUGUAUGUGGUAAUGUCAAAUGCAAAAGGCAUAGACCUGCAUUGCUUCUGGAAAACUACCAGCCAUGGUUGGAUCUACAAGUGUCUUCCAAGGUUGAUGCCUCUCUCUCAGAGGUGCUUGAACUGGUGCUGGAAAAUUUUGUUUAUCCAUGGUACAGGGAUGUAACUGAUGAUGAGUCCUUCGUUGAUGAGCUGAGAGUAACAUUGAGGUUUUUUGCAUCUGUAUUAAUUCGCAGAAUUCACAAGGUGGACAUUCCAUCUGUUAUAACAAAGAAAAUGCUAAAGGCAGCAAUGAAACACAUAGAAGUCAUAGUUAAAGCCAGGCAGAAAGUGAAAAAUUCAGAAUUUUUACAGCAAGCUGCUUUAGAAGAAUAUGGACCAGAACUCCAUGUGGCUUUGAGGAGUCGAAGAGAUGAACUUCACUAUUUAAGAAAACUUACUGAACUUCUUUUCCCUUAUAUUCUUCCCCCAAAGGCAACAGACUGCAGAUCCCUGGCAUUGCUUAUAAGAGAGAUCCUGUCUGGUUCUGUUUUCCUUCCCUCCAUGGACUUCUUAGCUGACCCGGAUACUGUCAACCAUUUGCUUCUCAAAUUCAUUGAUGAUAGCCCAGUGAGUACUGACAAAAUGAGAACAUUUAUAAUUGAUUCACCCAUGUCAGUGUCAAUCUUAAUCAGUAGGUCAACACUCUUUCUACAGCCUGAAAAAGCAACUGAGCCAGCUGCUUCUUUGAUUCCAUUCCUGCAGAAAUUUGCGGACCCUCGCAAUAAAAAACCAUCUGUCCUGAAGCUGGAAUUGAGGGAGAUUAGAGAACAGCAAGACCUUUUGUUUCGCUUCAUGAACUUUCUGAAACAGGAAGGGGCAGUACAUGUGUUGCAGUUUUGUCUGACCGUAGAGGAAUUUAAUGACAGAAUUUUGCAACCAGAAUUAUCAGAUACUGAAAAAAUGUCUCUUCAUGAAGAGGUGCAGAAAAUCUACAAAACCUAUUGUUUGGAUGAAAGUAUUGACAAAAUUAGAUUUGAUCCUUUUAUCGUGGAAGAGAUUCAAAGAAUUGCUGAAGGUGAAUAUGUAGAUGUUGUGAAACUUCAAACUAUGCGAUGCCUUUUUGAAGCAUAUGAACAUGUUCUUUCCCUCUUAGAGAAUGUCUUUACCCCUAUGUUCUGUCACAGUGAUGAGUAUUUCAGGCAGCUCUUAAGAGGAGCUGAAUCCCCAACACGCAAUUCAAAGUUUAGCAGGGCCACACAGAAGAGAGGAGAAUCAUUUGCAAUCAGCAGAUUAGGCAGCAAAAUUAGAGGAGUAUUCAAGAGCAACACAAUGGAAGGAGCUGUGCUUCCUAACUAUGGUUUAACUGAAGGAGAGGAUGAUUUUAUUGAAGAAGGCAUUAUGGUAAUGGAAGAUGAUUCUCCUGUGGAGACUCUUAGCACUCCCAAUACACCUCGCAACCUUGCUGCAUGGAAAAUUUGCAUUCCAUAUGUGGACUUCUUUGAUGAUCCCUCCCUUGAAAGGAAAGAGAGAAAAGAGAGAAUUCCUGUGUUUUGUAUUGACGUGGAGAGAAACGAUAGAAGGGCAGUUGGACAUGAACCUGAACGCUGGUCUGUCUAUAGAAGAUACCUUGAAUUUUAUGUGCUUGAGUCAAAGUUAACAGAAUUUCAUGGUACCUUUCCUGAUGCUCAACUUCCAUCAAAAAGGAUCAUUGGUCCAAAGAACUAUGAAUUCUUAAAGACAAAGAGGGAAGAGUUUCAGGAGUAUCUGCAGAAACUUCUGCAACAUCCAGAGCUGAGUAACAGCCAGCUUUUGGCUGACUUUCUGUCUCCCAAUGGUGGAGAGACGCAAUUUCUCGAUAAAAUGUUGCCUGAUGUAAAUCUUGGGAAAAUUAUAAAAUCUGUUCCAGGAAAGCUAAUGAAAGAGAAAGGUCAGCAUUUGGAGCCAUUCAUCAUGAAUUUCAUUAACUCCUGUGAAUCUCCCAAGCCUAAACCAAGUAGACCAGAGCUUACAAUUCUCAGUCCCACUUCUGAAAACAACAAGAAGCUUUUCAAUGAUCUGUUCAAGAACAAUGCAAACCGCUCUGAGAAUAUAGAGAGAAGACAAAAUCAGAACUACUUUAUAGAGAUGAUAACAGUAGAAGGAGUCUAUGACUACUUAAUGUAUGUUGGUAGAGUUGUUUUCCGUGUUCCUGACUGGCUGCACCACCUCUUGAUGGGGGGAAGAAUUCUCUUCAAAAACACAUUGGAGAUGUACACAGACUACUAUCUACAGUACAAAUUAGAACAGCUAUUUCAGGAGCACCGCUUGGUAUCACUGAUAACACUCUUGAGAGAUGCUGUGUUUUGUGAGAAUACUGAACCUCGCUCACUUCAAGAUAAACAGAAACGAGCAAAGCAGACCUUUGAAGAAAUGAUGAGAUACAUUCCAGAUUUGAUAGGCAAAUGCAUUGGAGAAGACGCCAAGUAUGAAGGCAUCAGACUUCUGUUUGAUGGAAUGCAGCAGCCAGUGCUUAACAAGCAGUUGACUUAUGUUCUGCUGGAUAUUGGGAUACAAGAACUGUUCCCAGAACUCAAUAAGGUGUCCUGGUACUUAACGCUAUAUCACCAGUAACAUUAGCCAAUCCCUCAACUGAAGACUUCAAAAUGAAGGUUCAGAAGGAAGCUACCUCUGUAUCAUCUUGGAUGUAAAAGCAGGAGCUUGGAUGAACACCAAAUGGAAAUGUCUGCAGUGCACUAAUUUAAUGGAUGUGAAACAUUUUAGUCUUGAAUUGUAUAUUUUCUUGUAAAUAACAGUGAAAUUUAACUUCUGAAGAUCUGUUUGCCUAAUAAAGAUUAAUUCAAAUUUAA